CUGCUGCUUAGAGGUCACUCCAAAAAAAAAAAUCCCAGCAGAACCCAUGGCCUUCCAGCGCAUUAUUUGAUCAGGCGUCUGGGCGGGCACCAGCCUUGGCAAAUUGAACCCUGCAUACACAUGCUCUUUAGUACACAGGAUCACACAGCCGGACAGUGAAGCUCUGGAAUAAGGUGUCUCUCAGUCUAGGUUGGUGCAAAGUUUGUUGCGCAAUGCACUGGGCUUCUGUUCUCAUUGUGGCUGGCCUCUGCGGAGUGUCUUUGAGCCAGUAUUAUGACCAGUAUGACGACAUCUUCUGGCUACAACAGUAUUUACGCAGCCAGUCCUCAUCUUACAGCUAUUCGCCAUAUUACGAAGAUGAGAUCCCCCCAUAUUCGUCUUACUCUUAUGCACCCGCUGGAUCUUCUGUCGGGGAGCCUGUCCCUGAGCCCCCUGUUUCUAGGGAGUGCCCUCAAGAAUGCGAAUGCCCUCCUAACUUCUCUUCUGCCUUGUACUGCGACGCACGCAAUCUCAGGUAUCUUCCUUUUGUGCCUUCCCGGAUGAAGUAUGCCUACUUCCAGAACAACCACAUUGUGACUAUCCAAGAGGGGGCCUUUGACAAUGCCACCAGCCUGGAGUGGCUUGCAUUGCACGGCAACCAAAUAACCAGUGAGAAAAUGGGCAAGAGGGUCUUUGCCAAGCUCAAGAGCCUAGAGAGGCUCUACCUUGACCAUAACAACCUGACCAAGAUGCCUACCCCUUUGCCGCGGUCACUGCGAGAGCUUCACCUGGCUUAUAAUCAGAUCUCCAAGGUCCCAUUUAAUGCCCUAGAAGGCUUAGAGAACCUCACGGCCCUGUAUCUCAGCCACAACCAGAUCCAUGAAAUGGGAUCAAACCUCAAGGGCUUAAAGUCUCUGAUUCUGGUGGACCUGAGCUACAACCAACUCCGGAAAGUCCCUGAUGGCCUUCCAAGCUCCUUGGAGCAGCUUUACCUGGAGCAUAAUCACAUACACACUAUCCCAGAUGAUUACUUCAAGGUCUCUCCCAAACUGCUCUAUGUACGGUUGUCUCAUAACAGCCUGACAAAUGAAGGGCUCGCCACUAACACUUUCAAUGCCAGCAGCCUCCUCGAACUGGAUCUGUCUUACAACAGGCUUCAGAAGAUACCGCGGGUCAGUACAAGCCUGGAGAAUUUCUAUCUCCAGGGGAACAAAAUAAACGAAUUCACCAUUAGCAGCUUCUGCACCAUCGUAGACAUCAUGAACUUUUCCAGGCUGCAAGUCUUGAGGCUGGAUGGAAAUGAGAUCCGUCGGAAUAAUGUGCCCUCUGACGCCCCACUCUGCCUGCGAUGGGCCAGCGUCAUCGAGAUUUAGCCUUUGCUCCUCACCUUAACUCCACCUCCACCCACUUUCCCUCAGAAUAGGGCCAGAUCCUUCCUACCAUCACAACGGAGCAGAGGCCUACUUUCUCAAUUUAACACACUGCUUCAUUUGACCCAGCUUCUGCAAUUGUAUAACAUGGGAGGGGUUGAUAACUUGAUCCAACAGAUGCUGCUCAUAUUAGCCAAUCAGGUAACAAAACACAUAUAUUGGCCCACCUCUUUCCCACCUUCUCUCUGUUCUCUCUCUUUCAGCAGCCAGUGAGUUUUCUGCUUUUCAUCAUCACAUGCUGUCAGACAGUGUGUGUCUUUCUUUUGGGGAGGGUGGUGGACAAGAGUGUUUGCUUGUUAGUUUCAUAUGUGUAGGGUUGUUUUUUUAGAAGUUUGGUACCAACUGGGAUGCCUUUGGGAUUUGCUUUUUCCAUGUAGGAUGGCUGUGGUGAAAAAGAAGUGUGUGUGGUGGGGCGAACGAGAUUGAAUCCAAACAAAAUAAAAACAGAUGAAACAGUUGGCCACACAGCAAGGAGCAAUUAGAAACAGGGAAAGGGAAAAGGAGAAAGAAAAUUACCAACAUGAUAGGAGCCAGCACUUCAGCUGGUUUUCAAAGAUGAAUACAUCUCCCCCAGUAUCAAUUGCUAACCAAGAAGCAUCAUCAUGGCAUUUUCUCCCUCCCUCUCUCUCUCUCUCUCUUUCUCUCUCUCUGUGUGUCUCUUAAAAUAGUUUUCUCAUGCUGAUUACAACAGCAUAAUCACAUGGGGUGGGGGGAAUCACAGUUCCCUACUGUCACUUCUCCGCCCCCACUCCUGUCCCACAUUACUUCCUCUUUCUUCCCAGAGAAGAUAGAGGAAGUAAAUAAAGACCACGUGGUCCAUUCAGGGGCCAUUUUUAUCUUGCCACUUUUCCUGUACACCGCAGGAAAUGGCGGCACAUUCCAUUUCCAAAAAAAAGGUUGGAUUAAAAGGGGUCCAUUUUGUUACAGAAAAAAGGCAAGAAGGAGCGGGAGGUGCAAGGGAGGCAGACGGCAUCGUCUAAAUGUUCAACACUCACAAUUGAUUGUCAGCUUUUUUAUAUUUCUUCCAGUUUUGUUCAAUCUGUAACUUUGCAGCAGAAACAUUAAAAAAUGCUUCCACCGGGGAUUUUGAGGCUAUUGCAUUUAGAUAGAAAUUUUUUUUAAAAAAAAAAAAAGUGAUCGUCGGAUCAAAUACCCCAAAUCAAACAUAGCACAUAUAGUUUCUCAAAAUUGGGCAGGUCUAUCUUAAGUGUAGAAAAUCUCUAUCCAUCUCACAUCUGUAUGGAAAAGCCCCAUUUCACUUCCAGAGGAUAAAAGGGAUAAUUUUUUUUACAGAUGUGUAAAUUUCUGAUGGCAUUGAGAUGCACUUCAGGCUUCCAACACACUGCAUAUUAUUAACUUCUUCCAGCCUAGACAAGAAGGAUUUUGUUUCUACCUUCUGCUAUAAUGCAAUUCAGUUUAUUAAUCAGCGCUUGCAGAAUACAUAUAUGCCAUAUUUCUUUUCCAUGUGCUGCUUGGGUGCCUAGAAAGAAUGCUGCUGUUAUUGAAGCAACAUUCCCAGCCAGUUAUAAAAUGCAACGUGAGCCAAGUCAGCAAAAAAUACCAGGCAAGUCUCAUUCAGCAAGGUAUCAUUCAACCAGCACAUCAUGAGAAACUGAGGGCUUUAUGACAGUACUGCUUUGCAAGUGCCCAGUUGGAUAUAGCAAUCCAAUAAAAGUGGCACCUCAGAUUUUUACAGCAGAACCCUCUUUGAGUUUCCCAUGUGUUUAAUUGCAUUUGUUGUAACUCGUUUGUUUGGCUGUAGAAUUGCCUGGGCUGAAUUUCAUGCGUGUUGUAGCACUAGGUCCUGCCCUAAGAACGUAUGAUGCUUUCACAAUGAAGCUCUUGUCCCUCAACCAUGGAGUUCUUUUGUUUCUGUAUGAUUCAUGGCAGGGGAGAGCAUGGAGGUGUAGAACAAGGCGCAAGUGAGUUUUAUGGGGAUCCUGAGAAGCUCAAAAUGCCAUCAAAGCCAUCUGUAUUAAAAGUGCAUGCUGGUAAUAUAAAAGAAAUGUGUAGAAGCAUGAACUGUAGAUAUCAUUACUGAUCAAUAAAACCCUUUUUAUAAUUGCA